CACAAAUCGAAUAAUUGAGUAUCGGGUAUAAAUAUGUCAAAGUCGUUCGUUGCUUUCAACAUAUCUGUAUCAGUUCUACCUAAAUAUCGAGACUGGAACAUUGUGAAUUAUUGAAACCAAGAUGUCCUCCGAUGAUACUUCCGCAGUAAGUGAGGCCGAUAGGCCUCCGUAUGCGCUUUUCUUUGGCGGCAUGGGAGCCGCAUCCGCCAUCAUCUUCUCAGCUCUGGGAGCCGCUUACGGCACAGCCAAGUCGGGCACGGGGAUCGCAGCCAUGGCCGUUAUGCGUCCGGAGCUGAUCAUGAAGUCUAUCAUUCCGGUGGUGAUGGCUGGCAUCAUCGCCAUCUACGGCCUGGUGGUCUCCGUGCUCAUUGCCGGCUCUUUGUCGCCCACAUACACCAUUCGCAAGGGCUACAUUCACUUGGCCGCCGGUCUCGCCGUCGGCUUCUCGGGACUGGCGGCGGGCUUUGCCAUCGGGAUUGUCGGAGAUGCCGGCGUUCGAGGUACUGCCCAGCAGCCGCGCCUGUUUGUUGGCAUGAUUCUGAUUCUGAUCUUUGCCGAAGUCCUGGGGCUGUAUGGUCUGAUUGUGGCCAUCUAUCUGUACACUAAGUGAAACAGGCUUCAUUCUUACACGAUGCGAUUCUCAUAGUUGACAGUAAAAUAAAAAAAUAUUAAACGGCAAA